CAAUGGUAACUAUAACAAUUAAAUAAAGGCUGACGCAAAACCAUAACCUGUUCAAUAACCAAAAGGCAAAAAAGGAAAGAAAACUGGAGAAGAAACUGUUUAAUAAGUAGUAGCUACAUUAGGACCAAAUGUGGCAGGAAAUGAAUUAGUAUUUGGAGUGGCUCACAUCUUAUCUACAUGGAAUGACACUUUUAUUCAUAUCACUGAUUUGACAGGAAGAGAAACAUUAGCUAGAGUAACUGGUGGAAUGAAAGUUAAAUCAGAUAGAGAAGAAUCAUCACCAUAUGCAGCCAUGCAAGCAGCCAAAGAUGUUUAUGAGAAAUUGAAAACACUCAAAAUUAAUGCUUUGCAUAUUAAAUUAAGAGCAAGAGGAGGUAUCAAAUAUUCAUUAUUUAUUUAGGUGUUGAUACAAGAUAACCUGGACCAGGUGCUUAAGCUGCAUUGAGAGCAUUGGCUCGUCUUGGACUGAAAAUUGGUAGAAUUGAAGAUGUUACUCCUAUUCCAACUGAUUCAACAAGAAGACCUGGAGGUAGAAGAGGAAGAAGAUUGUGAA